AUUUCUUGCGCAUGCGUACUUCGGCUCUGUGUAGUAGUUUACCUCAGAUAUUCGUGUCCGAAAUCUGUGACUCAAGGCGUUAUUUCAGUCGGAUUUAACAGUUACAGCCGAUUAUCGGUGUCCGGAUUACUCUGAAAAACGGUCUUUUAUCAAGGGGAGCUUGUGUGUGUUUGAGAAGUAACAGAACACGAAGGCAAACUGAGGGGAAAUGAGCAGGUAGUUUAGAGUUUUGUUCCCCUUCACAGGAGCGUUCGCUGUGUGGAGUCACUGAGCACUGCAGACUGAACCGACACCAAAGACAUGGCUGGUGUUUUAUCUCCUCCUCACUUACAGUUACUGUGUGUACUGUUUGUUUGUGUCCUCGACACCACUGGAGGUAAGGAGACUGAUACGGGAAGCUUUAAGGCAAAAGUUAGGAUCGUUUUAUUACCUCACAGUUCAGGUUUGGCUUCUCAAACGGCUCAGUUCUCGUCGUAUGAGGUGAGCGUACCGAAACGCAUCAGCAGACACAGGAGAGAGCAGGACGGCUCAGUUUCCAAUAAGGUGUCCUACGUUAUCCCAGCUCAGGGGAAAGAACAUGUCGUCAUCAUGGAAAGGAAUGAGUUUCUCCUGCCAGACGAUUUCACCGUGUAUUCCUACGCCAAGGACGGAUCACUGAUCACCGAAAGACCCAACAUGAAGGAUCACUGUCAUUACCGUGGUUAUGUUGAGGAUGUAGAAGGUUCCUCUGCUGCUCUGAGUCUCUGCUCUGGAUUACGAGGUGUGAUCCACAUGCAGAACACCAGUUUAGGCAUUGAGCCUCUAGAGGGUUCAUCAGAUAACGAGCACCUCGUCUACCGCCUGGAGGACGUCAAGAUGGAGCCUUUUACCUGUGGCACGCCUCACUCCCAUCACCAUGGUGACAAAGUACCAUCUGGCCACGCCCACAUCACCACAUCUGGUCUACCUGUCAAUCAUCAGAUCAGAAAAAAGAGGGAAGUGCUACACCAGACUCAUUACGUGGAGCUGCUGGUGGUGGUUGAUAAUGAGAGAUUCAACUACUCAAACCGCAAUCAGACGGCGGUGCGAGAGGAGAUGGUGCAGCUCGCUAACUACGUCGACAGCAUGUACAUAGCUCUGAACAUCCGGGUGGUGUUGGUGGGGUUGGAGAUCUGGUCGGUGGUGAACUUUAUCAAUAUAGACGGCAGUGCAGGCGAGGUGCUCGGACGCUUCACUCAGUGGAGGGAGAAGGAGCUCGUCCACCGUCGUCGCCAUGACAGCGCUCAGCUCAUCCUGAAUAAAGGAUAUGGGAGUACAGCAGGCAUGGCGUUUGUGGGCACGGCCUGCUCCAGGAGUCAUGGGGGCGGGAUCAACGCGUUCACCAAUAAAAAUGUAGCGACAUUCGCUUCCAUUGUGGCUCAUGAGCUCGGCCAUAAUCUCGGGAUGAACCACGAUGAUGACGGGAGAGUCUGCAGAUGUGAUACGGGCAACUGCAUCAUGAACUCAGGGGCGACUGGCUCACGGAACUUCAGCAGCUGCAGCGCGGAUGACUUUGAGAAGUUGAUCCUGAACACCGGAGGCACUUGCCUGCUGAACGUCCCACGGCCCGAAGAGGCCUACAGCGCCCCCUACUGCGGAAACAAGCUGGUGGACGUGGGAGAGGAGUGUGACUGCGGCUCUGAGGAGGAGUGUGAGAAGGACCCCUGCUGUGAGCCUAAGACGUGCAAACUAAGAGCUGGUGCUGAAUGUGCCUUUGGAGUGUGCUGCAAGUACUGCAGGUUCCUCCCCGGCGGCACCGUGUGCAGGAGCAGUACGGACGAAUGCGAUUUGCCGGAGUACUGCAACGGCUCGACUGCUCUGUGCCAGGCCGACGUGUUUAAGCAGAACGGACACCCGUGUCGCGAUGGCGUGGCUUACUGCUACAACGGCCUGUGCCAGCAUUAUGACAGCCAGUGCCAGGCUCUGUUCGGUCCCAAGGCAAAAGCUGCUCCUGAGGCUUGCUUUAAAGAUGUGAACUCCAAAGGCGACCGCUUUGGGAACUGUGGAUACCAGGGCAACAGCAUGAAGAAGUGUGAGAGCAGGAAUGCUAUGUGUGGGAAGCUGCAGUGUGAGAAAGCGGAGAAAACCAUCGUGUUCGGCAUCCAACCCACCUUCAUCCAUACCUCUAUCGGAGACACCAACUGCUGGGGCGUGGACUUCCGCCUGGGCUCCGACGUUCCUGACCCAGGCAUGGUCAAUGAAGGCACAAAGUGUGGAGAGAACAAGGUCUGUUUGAACUACGAGUGCAGAAGCUCUGACGAGCUGAAAUAUGACUGUGACGUACAGAACAAAUGCCACGGUCAUGGGGUGUGUAACAGCAACAAGAACUGCCACUGUGAGUACAACUGGGCUCCACCGUUUUGUGACACCCCCGGCUACGGCGGCAGUAUAGACAGCGGCCCCACGUGGAACGAUAAAGACAGGUCUACGAGAGACGGACUGCUGGUUUUCUUUUUCCUGGUUCUUCCUCUCCUGGUUUUGUGCUUCUUCGCCUUCGUCAGGAGAGACGAGCUGCGACGACGAUUCUGCAGGAAAAAGCGCUCUCAGGGUUACGAAGCGAACAGCAGGCCGCAGACCAAUAACACCCGGACUCCUGGGAAUCAGCGUGGGAAUCCCAGCAGCAUAGUGAAAGACGGACAUCAGGCUCAGUUAUUACCAGCUGAAGAGGUGGUUCACACGAGUAAGACCUCGUCAUCGGCGCCACCGUACGCCGCCAGACCUCCACGCCCUGCGUUCACACGACCCCCUCCUCCUGCCAGUCAGCUCCUGCCUCAGAGACCUGCCCCUCCUCCCCCUGUAUAACACACAUCUCACACAUCCAAGAUAGGUGUGUGUGUGUGUGUGUGUGUGUGUGUGUAGAAAAUCCAGACGGUGUGUGUGUGUGUGUGUGUGUGUGUAAGGAAUCACGUGACCCCCUGCCCCCUGAACGUGACUCCGCCUCCUUGGCUUUUGACCAUUUGUCACCUGUCAAUCAAACAGCUGCUAAGCAGAAGUCAUACGCAAAGGCCGGGACCCGAGAUCCAACGGGCCCGAUGUCUCUGAUUCGAGGUUCCUAUGGCAGCAAGUGGAAUCUCUGAUUUGUAUUAUUAUAAGUUUGUUAUAAUCAUGGAAUGUAAAGGACCAGAACCACUGCAGCCAAUUGCACUUUGGUAUAUUGCGGCACCAAAACAGUACAUUAACGUCAAGAUUCCUGAGAAAUUAGGCCUUUUUUUUUUGUGUUAGCAAAAAAAGCGUGGGACUUUAAUGCGGCAAGCAUGAAAUUUAACACGAAUAAUCUGAUUUCACACAUAAAGGUACAAAUAAUCAGUUGUCCGUUUCUGCAUCGUCUGCCUUUUACGUUGGACGCAGCAUAAAAGCUGUUUUUAAAAAUAUAUAUAACUUGUUAUUCAAAAUAAUUUGCUACCAUUUGAAAAAUGGGAAAUGCAUUUAGAGAAGUUAAAAUAAAAUAAAAAUGGUUAUGACGGGUGGGGGGUUAGAACGUAUUUGUUUGUAAUCAUUUCUUUAAAAGUAAAAACAAAUCAUGAUGUCCUAAAUAUAAAAUGUACAUAUAUUUUUAAAAAAAAGGAAAAGAAAAAUAAUAUAUAUGCAAAAUACCAUUGAUGCAAACAUGACAAGCCAUUUCAUUAUUUUUUAGUUGUUUUUUUUUUUUUUUUUUUUUUAAUGUAAUUUUUUUCCCCGUUCUGGUUUGGAAGAUGCCGUGCGUUUCUUUUUAAAACGAAAGGUCAUAGUUUAAUCCUGCAAUAUAAACAAACUCGGUGCACUGUCGGAGUUUCUUCCUCUUUUGUUGAACUUUUAUAUAUAUUUAUCUCUCUCUGAGCAGAUAAACCUCUAAAAGCAUAAUGUGAUUCUUUUCAUGUCAUUUUUUUAAUUAGAAAUGGUCGUAUUGUGGUGUAAAAUAUCUUGUCUGGGUUUAAUCUGAGAAAUUAAAGCCUUAUUUUAUAUCAUC